GUGUUUUUGUCGCUGCUGUUUUCACACAUAGUCGUGACCGCUUUUUGGAAGUUUCUGGGGUCUAAAUAUAUUCUCUCACACAUGGUUUAGGAAGAAAAACGCUUUUUUUGUUGUUGUUGUCUUGAUGAGGUACCAGUGACGGCUUAUUAUUUUGCUUGAAGUUGUGAGAAAGGAGGAAACAGCGGCACUUCCUCAGUGACUCGGUGCGUCAUAGCGCUGCUGAAGAGAAGCCGUUAACUUUACUCUCCGUUGACUCCUCUCUUUCGAGUCAUGUCGUUUCGGAGAGCGCUCAGUCUUGCGUGCGGCGUCGCCGGCGGAUCCGCGGUGCUGGUGUGCGCGGCGGUCGCGGCAGAUAAGCACGGCUACUUCGCAGAUCGAUGCCGGUUGAGAGAGACCCUGGCUGCCGUGCACGCAGCGCAGCCUCCGGCAUGGCCCACUGCGAACGGAUGGGAUUAUAAUUGGGACAAACGUGACCCCUCAUCUCUGGUGAACGGGAAGAGAAAGGAGAGUGCCGGUGACAGUGGAAGUCCAGAUGCGGAGAACAGCAAACCCAAAGCCACACGCCACAUCUUCCUCAUCAGACACUCUCAGUACAACCUCAAGGGGGAUGGAGAUAAAGAGAGGAUCCUGACAGCUUUAGGACGUGAACAGGCCGAGUAUACAGGACAUAGAUUAGCGGCGCUCGGACUGAAGUACGACGUUCUCAUCCACUCCUCCAUGACCAGAGCUACAGAGACGGCCAACAUCAUCAGCAAAUACCUGCCAGGUGUGGAGCUUGUAAGCUGUGAUUUACUGCGUGAGGGUGCACCCAUAGAGCCCGUCCCACCUGUCACGCACUGGAAACCUGAGGCAGUGCAGUACCAUGAGGACGGCGCGCGGAUCGAGGCAGCGUUCCGCCGCUACAUCCACCGAGCGGACCCUAAGCAGAAGGAGGACAGCUACGAGAUCAUCGUCUGUCAUGCUAAUGUCAUCCGCUAUUUUGUGUGCAGGGCUCUGCAGUUUCCUCCGGAGGGCUGGCUGAGGAUGGGCCUGAACAACGGCAGCAUCACCUGGCUGACGAUUCGGCCCAGUGGCCGAGUGGCUCUCAGAGCGCUGGGAGACUCGGGCUUCAUGCCUCCAGAUAAACUCACCCGGACAUGACGUUCUCAAGCUAGACCAGCAUGCCUCAAAACAGCCUAGAACCGAAGGAUCAUUGAGAAGGACAGAUGUUAGAGUUGCAAAGGAUCAAAAAAUCGUUUCAGAUCAAACAGUUUCAGAGUCGCAAUAUUCCAGAAUACGGAAUGUGACUUCAUAUUCAUCAACUCCUCUAGCUUGUCUUAUAUAGCUGCAAUUUAGGAGAAGACUGCUGUGAAAAAUUUCAUUUGCAACUCUACCAUCUGUUGCUGUGGUGAUCAGUGACUCCACAAGUGUCUUGAGUGUAUUGAUUUUGUAUUUUUUAAAACAAGCAAGUUAAGAAUUAUUGACGUUUCUUCAAUUAGACACUCAUGUGCCAUGCUUUGUCUGAUCUGUAACAUUCACAGAAAGGUGGAAUUAACCAGCAAGUGUACUUUUUUUAUGUUUAUGACGAGGUGUCUUUUACCAGGAGCAUUAUGCAAAUCUGGAGGCCUUGUUGAGGCACUUGGUGUGUAUUUGCACUGUUUACUUGGAAUCGUUUAUGACUGUUUUAGAGGCAAGGUUUAAGUUUGCUAAAAUGUGAGAAUCUUGCCAUUGAAAGGUUGAGGAUGAUUCUGGAGAACUGUUUUUAUGUUGUUGUUUAUGGCAGUAAAAAAUCAAUUGAUUGAGUUG